AAAAGUUCCCGAGCUGAGCGCGAGCAGGGGGCGGAGCCCGCUCGCAUGACCAUAAAAGGAAACCCCGCCAGUUAAAGUCCACGCGGCCAAGAAGCAGAGAAAGUGUCGGAGCAUGCGCGGGGACUACUCUGAUUACUUCAGCGUAGCGGACCUCACUGUGGGACAUUCAGGCCAGCUCCGUGAUUAAGCUACCGUUAAUGUGACGGGAGCAAAGUCACGAUGUUUCUAGGACGGUUUAACGUCCACAAAUUAAAGCUUAUGUUGUUCUAACGGGGGACACAUCGUCCCAGUUCCCCGGAGUGGUUCGCACCUCCUUCCACUGGGGCGCUAUAAAAUGGCCCCGCUGUAAGCUGUCGGCCUUAAGUCUGUAUGUGAAUGUGUGACAGGAGCUUCAAGGAGUCCGCUUUCAUCGCUGCGCUGCUCACAGGCGGCUCCUGCUACUCCUCAUCAGUGUCAGACUCGGAGAAGGAGCAGCAGAUUGUUUCCUUCCUCCAGCCGAAGGUCAUGUCCAGACGCAGCCUGCGGCUCGAUGAAGGCCUGUUGGACCGCGGUCUUCCUCGUGGCAACGCCUCCUUCAGUGUGGGAGGAGGCAGCUGGAGGAGCAGCAGGUCGUUGAGGUCCCGUCGUUCCCAGCAGCACUCGGUCUCCUGCUCCGAGUCGCUCCUCGAUGCGCCUCAUAAACCCGCUGGCACGGCGCUCCAUAACAGCAGCCUCCACAGCGGGGCGUCCGACGCCUCCCUGCUCUCCUCCCUGCUGGACGAGUCCUCCAUCCAGGAGAGAACGCAGAUCGACGCACUCUGGGGUUUGGACCACGACUCAGAUCCCAAAGAAAGCACCGUCAUUGCAGAGAACAGCACUCUGAUUGGUCCAGAUGCCCUCUGCACCAAACACCCAGUCCAGGCGCUCAGCAGGGUUUACUGUAAAGACUGCAGCACUCAGGGCGCUCUCCAGCUGAACACACAUGGUUCCUCCUCUUCGUCCAAAUACAACACCUCCUCAGCACUGAUGGGACCAGGACCAUCAGAGUCUGGAGAACCAGAAACUUCUACCAUCUACUACAGAGACAGAAACCGCACGAGAAGGACAGCUCUUCCAGAUGUGCUGCAGUUGCGGCUAGACUCAUCUUUGCUGUGUGUAAGGAGGGCUGUAGCCUGCUGUGUCUCUUUACUGAUGCACACCUGGCAGGUGUGUCAGAGGUUAAUGGUCAAAGAGGUCAACAUACAGGCUGAUAACAGACAUGGAGCUCGAUCCAGCCACAGUGGAGUCAUGAGCCUGAAGGAGUCCACCAAGAAGGAGCUUCAACCCAACAGAUCUCUGUGUAAUGACCAUAAGGACAAAGGGCGCUCAGAGAUGGACGCCGUCACUACUUCAUCCUCAUCUUCGUGGUCUCCUCUGGUUUCCUGUUUGUUGGGGCUCACAUGGAGCGCUGCUGUUUUCACAGGUCGGAUGGCAGGUGACACCUUCAGGUGGCUCUGCGUACAGUGGCAUCACAAGACCACCAACAAACGCCUGACUUGGUUUCCUGUCUUCCUGGUUCUUCUCCCUCUGCUGCUUCUCCUGUUCAGUCUGUUGUGGUUCAGUCCUGCUGGUUUGCAGUUGGUCCUUCCAGUUGUUAACGUCACAGAUUGGAGGACGGCAGUCUCCCACGUCCCCGCUGUGUCCUCCAUCAAGAGCCAAUCAACAGAGGAUGCUGUGGAGGAGUCAAAGGAGGUGGAGCCGCUUCACAGUCAACCUCCACCAGCAGAAACUGCAGCAGGAGAAGAGGAGGUGUCAGCAGUGGUGGAAGAUGCAGAGCGGCUCGUUCGCCUGGAGCAGAGUCUGACAGUGUUGUGGGAGCGCGUGGAGGCUGGAGGACGGCGGUCGGAGCAGAGGCACAGGGAGCUGCUCCGGUUCUACACUGGUCUCCAGCAGCAGCAGCUCUCCUUCACUCCGAGUGGUGGUGGUGGUGGUGACGACAUGGAGGCGUGGCUGAGCGCUCUGCUGGACCAGCAGCUGUCUGAGCUCAGGAGACAACUGGAUGAGGAGAGACAGCAAAGGGAGGAGGUUCGACGGCAGGAUUUGUUGCGGCAGCAAAGUCAGACGUCUCGUCUGGAUCAGCUUGAGCUGCAGCUGCAGAAACUGGCUGCCAAAACAAAUGAGGUUCAGUGGAGACGUGAAGCUGCUGGAUCUUUCCUCUCACCCUCCCCAACCACACUUCCUGCUGCUUUCGGUGUUGACCAGCAGUCCCAUGAUGCCUUGCUGGCAGAGGUUACUCGGUUGGAGGCAGCUCUGGUAGACGUUAGGCGGGAUGUUGAAGGUCUGUCCAGCUGUCAGGAGAGCUGCCAGCAGCUCACCACAAUCAAGCAGAUGAUUUCAGGGCAGAUUUCCGCUCUGGUGCGAGAGGAAGUUCGGACUCUGCUCUACGGUAACCAGCUGACAGCAGGUGGAGAUGCUGCUGGUGUCCCAGAGUCGGUCCUCCAGUGGCUUUCUGAGCGGUACGUGAGUGAGGCCGAUCUGCAGGCGGCUCUGGCCUCUCUGGAGCGCAGCAUCCUGCAGAACAUCAGCCUGCAGCUGGAGAAGUGGCACAGCGCGGAAACGGUUAGAGAGGCUGUGCUGCACACCGCUGAGGGUGGUGAGGCCGCUGUCACUCGGGAGGAGGUCCGCAUGAUGGUGAAAAAUGCUCUGCAGCUGUUUUCUGAGGAUCGAACUGGCCUGGCAGACUACGCUUUGGAGUCUGGAGGGGGCAGCAUCCUGAGCACUCGCUGCUCAGAGACUUACAAGACGAAGGCGGCCCUGCUCAGCCUGUUCGGGGUUCCCCUUUGGUAUUUCUCUCAGUCUCCUAGAGCUGUGAUCCAGCCCGACAUCCACCCAGGGAACUGCUGGGCUUUCAGAGGCUCCACAGGUUUCCUGGUGAUCCGGCUGUCCAUGAGGAUCCUGCCCACCACCUUCACCCUCGAGCACAUUCCCAAAACCCUGGCACCGAGCAGGACGCUGCAUAGCGCCCCCCGAGACUUCAGCGUUUAUGGUCUGCAUGAAGAGAGUCAGGAGCGAGGGAAGCUGCUCGGCACCUACACCUACGACCAGGAUGGAGACGCUCUGCAGAACUUCCCUGUUACAGAGGAUAACGAUGAAACCUUCCAGAUCAUCGAGGUGCAGGUUUUAUCUAACUGGGGUCAUGAAGAGUACACCUGUAUGUACCGCUUCAGGGUGCAUGGGACGCCCAGUGACAUCUGAGCACGCCCACACAGGUCGAACUAUUAAACCACGAGUGGCCUGGAGGCAGGAGGAUGUUCUCAUUUUGUAGCUCUGCUGCUCUCUGGUGGUUUAUGGAGUUGCUGCCUGAGGAGCCACAGACUAACAGCACUUUGAUAUGUGACUGCUGACAUUUCCUCUCACUGGAUCUGAUCCGAGUGUUUUUCCUGUUGCUAAAGCAGUGUGAUGUAAUUUUUCUGUCAAUAGUUAAUAAUUUUCUAUCAGUGUUUUGAGGUCAUCGUUGUUUGUCAGCUUUCAUGUUUUAUCUCCUUUUAUUGGCACCUCCAUCUCAGCGGGUCACACCUCACGUGCUCCUCCUGUUCAUUCUGGUAGUGAAGAACUCCCAGCUGAUAUAAAUACUGAUGAAGGUGAGGCCUGACUCUGAAGAUCCAAAUUUUAGGUCUCUGUAGAGUGAAAUUCCUUCAGCUGAGGCUCAACUGUAAUUCUGAUAAACGUCUUUACUCUGAACUGUCAGUCGCUCUUGCAGGGUGACCGUGGACGAGCUGCCACGUUAAUGCAGCAUGUGAGCGUAGUUUACCUUCCUGAAGACGCCGCAGCGCUUCAAGUUCUAGUUUAAUACCCUUUUUAUUCUAUUUCAGGAACAAGCUGAAGCACAGCAACAUUUUUCUUAUGUUGAUCCCUGUGAAGCAGCUGAUCGUUUCCUGUUCUCAUCAAAACAGAAAAUGAUUCUUUUAAAAAAGUUUGAGCUCACAGCAAACAUUUUGCACUGACUGAAAUGUGCUUCAGUCGCUGAAGUCUGACUAAUGAUUUCAUUUGAUCUUCAGGUUAAUGGAGUGUUUCCUUUUUUUUGUUUUUUUUAAAAACAAUGUUUAUUUUUUUGUGAUUUCAUAUUGGAGGUUGUAAUA